AUGCCACUACUAUCCGCCCUUCCUGCCUCCUUCUCAGGCGUUUUUUCACUCACCAGCCUGGAAGUGAAGGAUUGCCCUAAAGUAACGGUCCUGCCUGAGGGGAUCGGACGGCUGGAGUCGCUCGAGGAGGUCAAGAUCGUGCGGAUGGACGGCCUGAAACGUCUCCCUGCGUCGCUUGUGGAGCUGCCGCGGCUACGGGUGUUGGAGGUGCGGGAGUGUGGUGGGCUCAGGGCGUUGCUAGGAGAUGAGCUGGUGCUUAUCCGUUCUUCUUCAGUCACCACCCGAAGCACCCGCAGCACUGGCAGCAACAGCAGCGCAAUGCUUCCCUCCCUCCAGUGCCUCGACAUAAAAUCUCUCUCUUUCGAAGCCCUUGGCCCGUCCCUUGGCCGGUUAUCCUCUCUAACAAAGCUAAAGCUCCGCGAGAUGGACACCCUCGUAUUGCUCCCUCACUCCAUCUCCCAACUCUCGCAGCUGAAAAAACUCCGGAUCGAUUCAGCCGUAAGGCUGAAGGCUCUGCCGUUAACCCUAGGAGGGCUGUCAGGGUUACGGGUCUUGCAGCUGGUUCGUCUUAUCUCGCUUUGGCACCUGCCCGAGUCUCUCGGGCAGCUGAAGAUGCUUGAGACGCUGGAUAUAGUAGACUGCUACCAGCUGACGCAGCUUCCUGGAUCCUUCACGGGGGGCUGCCUCCGAGGGGAGGGGAGGUGGAUGGGGAGGAGGGAGAGGGAGAGGGGGGGGGAGGGGGCAGAAAGGGAGGAAGCAGAGAGGGGGGAGGGAGGAGAUACGUUGGGGGAAGGGGAAGAGGCGGAGAGGGAGGCAGCGGAAGAAGAAGAGAGUGGUGAUGAGGAGUGGGACAAUCACCAGGAGCAUGGCAUGUACAGCGAUGAUGACAGAAGAAUGGGGUGGAGGAAUGAGGAGGACGAAAGGGGUGGAGGAAUGAGGAGGACGAAUGGGGUGGAGGAGGAGGAAGCAGGGAGUGGUGGUGAGGAGUGGGACAUUCACCAUGGGCAUGGCAUGGACAGUGACGAUGACAGUGAUGAGGGGGCAGGCUGGGGGGCACCGAGUGAUGGCGAGGAGGAGGAGGAGGAGGAGGAGGAGGAGGAGGAGGAGGAGGAGGAGGAGGAGGAGGAGGAGGAGGAGGAGGAGGAGGAGGAGGAGGAGGAGGAGGAGGAGGAGGAGGAGUGA